CGUGUCACUUUGAGCAGUAAUGAGAUUUGAGCAACACAUUUUUUUUUAAACUUCACUGCAUAAAAGCGCUGAAAUUCGAGCACGAAGAACGAUUGCGGCCGCCAAACCAGCUUAAUGGAACUAAAUUCGUUCAUAGCGUCCCAACUGCAAGCGCACUUCAAGAAACUGCUCAUUAUAUGCACAGCCACGGCCUCGAUAUAUCUGAUCAAGCGCUACUUGGACAAGAAGAAGCUGGCGCUUGCGAAGAAAAACAAGAGAACCAUCAAAGAAUUUCCAACCAUUGAGGAGAUUCAGCGAUUCAUCGAAGAGCUGCCGUUCAAUGCGGGCGCGUCGGGCAAAUCGGUCACUUUGAAGGAUUUGCUGGGCGAAUUGUCCGAGUUUAGUGAGGAUGAAGACUGGAAAGAGCUGAUCGCCAGUGUGCAUCACAUGUACAAAGAAAGUCCGACUGUCAACGACGACACAGGUAGUUUAAUGAGUAUCUACGAAGAUCCCGAGUGUGUGCUUUUAGGCUCGACGGAAAUUGAUGGGAAAGCGGCUGCCAGCGCGAACAGUCCCAGGGAAAAGUUUGAAGAUUCGCACCAAAAUGCAGUCAGUGAGGAGGAAGUGAAAAUUCCUACUGCUAGUUGAUGAAAUAGUGUCAUAAUGUCUGUGAUAAAUUGCGAAAGUUUCAGUCACUUGA